AUGGCAGAAAAUGUUAUUUAUGCUGACUUGAACCUGCCUGAAUCAACCACACCCAGACUGCAGCAGGUCACUGAUGUGCAAGGUUCCACGUACGCAGAACUGAGAGUGAAAGCCCAAGGCACAGAUGCUGCAGGGAGCCACUCGUCAGCAGCCUGCCCCAAACAGUGGGAAAAACACGGGAGAAAAUGCUACUUCUUUCCUCCAUUUAAACAACAGGACUGGAAUUCCUCCCGUGAGGAAUGUGCUGCCAUGGGGUCAGACCUGGUGGUCAUUGACAACGAGGAUGAACUGCAUUACCUCACUGAGCGAUCAAAACACAAUUACUACUUACUUGGUCUCACAUACUCUGAGAGGGAGCAGAAGUGGAAGUGGAUUAACAGCGUGGAACAUGACCCAGCCCUGUUUAAUAUAAUUGGACAUUUUCGUGCCUAUCACUGCACAGUCAUUGGAUUUGGUAAAGUACAAAUUGCACCUUGUGGUGGAUCUCCAACAACUGAAAAUAUGUGUGAAAGAGCUGCAACGAUGUCAGAAAGGUAG